AUGCAACGAGUAGCACAAAUCCUUGCUGCUAGGCCGGCUUGGGGAGUUUACCACGCCGAAGACUGGGAUCCUCACACCAGGACAAUAUCAGAAUCAUUCGGUAGGCAGCUGCCGGUAACCAGCAGAGGUGAUUUGAGGUAUGAGAAGAAGAAGGGGUUCGGAGCAGAUGCACCCAUCAGCUCUUUGAAUGGCAACAUGUCUUCUGCUAUGCUGUGGCCUUUUGGAAGUAUUCCAAGAUCUUUUACGAUAUGUGCGGUGACACGAUAUGCUGGUUCCAAUAGAAGGAGGAUAAUACAAGGAUCGACGGAUUUCACGUUGGGUCACUACUUCAAUGCAGUCGGUGUAUCACAUUCACAAUCAUGGAUGACACAGAAGCAGCAGGCUUAUUCAAACCCUCUUGAUUGGCUCGUGAUCUGCACGAAGAAUUCCGGGGAAACUCCUGCGAAUGUGAAGGUGUACAUAUGGGAGCAUGGUUUGUCUGCAGACGACAUGGAGGCUUUGGUUUAUUCUUUGAAAUGGUAUCUUUCGCAUGGUAUUGAAUUACGCUAUCUUGAAUCAGUCUUCAACCCUCAAAUAGUCCCUGGAUUUGGAUGUGAUGUACCAGUUUCUUGCCCUUCAGAUUGGGUUUCAGUUCAGAGUGCCCCCGGCGUUCGUAGUCCCAACCCCCAAUCAUACCAUGAAAGGAUAGGAAACGAAGAUGCAGAACUCUGUUACCUGCUCCUGCCAUACCAGGGACUGCAUAAUGUCACAGUAUACAAUCUGUACUUUCCAAGGGAAAUUAUGGCAGCAGUGGUUGUCUUGGGUGGAGGUGGGGGUGGAGCUGCAUUCGGUGGAGGAGGCGGAGGAGGAGGUGUCUUGCUGUCGAGAUCCUUGCACAUCGCGGCUGGCUUUCAUUCUGUAACUGUGGGUAGGGGUGGAGGCGGAGGGGGUUCUGAUUGGGCAGAGCCUGGCUGUGGAGGGAGAGGGUUCUCAAGCUCUUUCGACUCGUUCGUUGCAGAGGGUGGAGGUGGAGGAGCCUCCAGAUCUCUACGUGCACAGGUGAAAUCCAUCGGUCACAACGGUGGGAGCGGGGGGGGAGGCUCGGGAACUCUCAAUGCUGGAUUGAGCACGCAACGCUCUUACGAGGGGUUCCUGGUCUUUGGCAACGAUGGUGGCUCAGGAACUCUAGAAGAUGCUUGCGCAGAAGAACCCCGCUUUUCCCACGGAGGAGGAGGAGGUGCUGGGGCACCUGGUGCCUCUGGACAUUGCUUGCGUGGGGCUGGGGCGGGAGGACGAGGGAUAGACGUCUCACCAUAUGUUGGAAAUCGGAUAGGGCAGGCUGGAUGGAUAGCAGGCGGGGGCGGAGGAGGAGCUCAGAAUAUGAACGAGGGGGAGGGGGAGGGGGAGGGGGAGGACAGAAUAGCGGAGGCUGCGAGGGAGGUUCAGGGGCUGUCGUUCUCGCAAUACGAGGUUCUGCACAGCGAGCUCAUGCUGCUGGUGUCGAACUUGGCCAAUGCCUCCAACUCAUCGGUGGCUGGAGGAUCUAGUUCAUCGAUAUCCAACAUCUCCAACGCAACCUCAGCUCCCUCUAUUCCUUCUGGGAGUGUGCCUACUACAGAUGCAAAGAUUACGCUAUCAAACUACACUGCAGGCGCUAUCACCAAUGCAUUGAUCUCCUUUGCUGUCCCUCCUACAGCGCCGCUUCGAGAAAACUCUUCAUAUUUACUUGUUUUGCAGUUUCCAAGGACAUUUCGAGUAUGCUCCACCACAACGAGACUGGGAACUAUCUUGAUUCCGGCUUCAGAUUCCAGCAGUCAAGUCCGUAUAGAAAAGGUUCAGGACGUUAGUAAUCUGCAAGGAUAUUAUCUUCCAUGGUUGAAUUAUUCUCUAUUUCAACCCGACAAUACGGCAUUUUCAAGUGUCAUGUACUUUAAUCUUAGUGGAUCUACAAGCACAAACUCUACACAGUUCAUCCAAUUUUCCAUCCAAGGACUUCAGAAUGGACUCUACUCAGGACUCUUUAAACCAAGUUAUGAACAACGGGAUUUCUUCGGACUCUUUGUCUUCGAAUACCAUCCUUAUCUGAACUGUCCAGGCUGCAUACAGAUCAUGUUUUAUCAACAAGGAAUUAAUGAUCCUUCAUACCCAAAUGCGAUUCCACUUUACUUUGUUCCGAAUUCAUUCAUCAAUGUUUCAACACGACUUGAAGGGCUGAAUCUAUACAUCCAGUUUCAGUCAUCGAGCUGGAUUCCUGGCAACGGACGUCUGGAGCUCAAUUUGUCUGAGGGUGUUGCCUUUGGCACAUCUCAUGAAAGCAAUAACAUCUUGUCUUAUGCUCCUUCAUAUUGUCCGUCAGAGAGCAUAGCGACGCUGGGUUGUGCCAUUCAAGGGAUUGCUAAGUACAGCAACAAGAACCUCACUGUAACAUUGAACAACGCCUUGGACAUUGCAGUUGAUUCAACUCUUCUUUUGAAUCUCACAGGUGUUGAGACCUUCCUGCCACAUACCUGUUCUCUCCCUGGUCCAAGACAAUUUUGCAGUACGUCUCCAAUAUCAAUACGAGUGUACGAGUCCCCAGCAGCUACGAAGAAUUUUCUUGUUGGACAGGCCUAUUUGAAGUUGGGUCCGUACAAUGCUUCGGGAAAAGUUGAAAUCUGGCCAAACGUUGCUGGAGCACAGAACGUCUCUAUGAAUUUUUCGGUGGUUUUGACCAAUCCUUACUUCGGCGGUGAUCUCAUAAGAGUGUGUGUCCCCAGAUAUCUGCUAGAUGUGACAUCAUCCGCAAAUAUAUUGUGUCGAGCCCCUUUCGAUCUCGAUUUGAAAGUCUUCAAGUCAAUUGACUUCUCUUGCUUGAAUAUCGUGAAUCUGAAGCAGAAUUUCUCUAGUAGAAAGUUAGAUUUCUAUUGCUCUGGUUUCGGUUUGAGAAACAACAGUGGACCAAUCUUCGACAAAAUAAUGGUUGAAACAUUUUCUGAGGGGGUUUACCCAAUCGACAAGGGCUACCUUCCUGUAGUUCCCGAUCACGUCAAGUUUGUCGAACUUCAACUGGAUCUGAGGGUCAACACCUGGAUUUUUAACCUGACUAUCAAUGGUCCCAAGGCUGAAAGUCUAAACUACACACUCAUAUCCUCUCUUGAAAAUAGAACGAUGGCUGGGAAAAAGAUAGUAUCGAUCGAGUUCGAUCCCUGUUAUGACAUUCGAGGAGUGCAUCUUUCCGUGUCUAAUUUUUUUGGAUUUGAUUUGUCGUUUCCAAUCUACCGAGAUCACAUCUGGGAAUGGAAUUUCACAGAUACUGACAUCUUUCCAUUGGCAUUUAAUGUUGUCAUUCAGAGCAACACUGUUGUGGGAUAUCUGCAGAGUUCCAAACCGAGUGAAUCUCGGAAUUCUGUAUUUAUGCUCCAUGCCUGCAAAGAAUAUUCAUUCACCGAUUGUCUUCGACCAUGUGGUGAACCAAUACUCUUUUGUGCUGAGUUAACCACGAACUUUGAAAAUUGUACCUGCGUGAUGAAGGGGGUUGGCAACAAUUCCAACUUUUCGUUCUUGAACUUGGAUAACCUGAGUAUUGCUUUUGCAAACGUUCAAAACCCAGGCACUCUUCAAAAGAAUAUAAGAACUUUCAACAUGAGUAUCUAUGAUAAUCUUGGAAGGAUCCAAAAUAGUUCAGAAUUUCAGUUGCCAUCAACUACUUUUUCGAAUUUGCCUGGUGCCUUGUUCAGCGUUGUCCCGGCGGAGGCAAAAGUUCUCUCGACGAUUGAAUUUUCUGGUUUUGCUGUUGGCAGGUGCUUUGCGGGAUCCAUAUCAAUCUUUAUCCCUGAUUCAUUUACCCUUUACAACAAGUCGAUUGCAUUCUUACAAACUGCUUUCAACCUAUCAAAAACGAAUGUUGAUAAGCGGAUUCAACUCCAAUUCAAGCCAGAAUUGUAUGUGCCAUUCAAGGAAUACUUGAUUGCAAGAGGGAGAUUGUAUGAUGUCAUGACAGAGUAUUGGAGCCUUGCAAAUGAGCGAGUUGUUCAAUUUCAGAUGCGACUGGAAGAAACAAUUAUGAAUCAAUCUAUUAUUGUCGGUCCAGAUUUCGACGAGAUUUCAUUUGUGAUUCCGAAUAUCUUGCUGUCAUAUUUCGAACGAGAGGUUGGCGUUGUCACAUUAGAAUUGCAACAGAUGGAAUCCCAUAAUAUCAAAAUUUUGAAUCGCACAUAUUACAACAUUAGUGAAAUCAUUGCGCCGUACAUUGUGAAGUCAGCCAUCUUGGAGUUUGUUCCUUCUGUGAUCAAUCAAUCGUACAUUCAAACUUCUUUGGAGAUAAACACCUAUGCGCUUGUCGAAGUGCUUCUCAUUGGUGUGUACAACCCACCAACUUCUGGGCGCCUGAACAAACUUGCCUUCUCGGUAGCUGACCAAAUGUUCUCGAACUACAGCACAAGUGUACUUGAGAAUAUAUUGACGACUCCAGGGAAUAUUUUGGAUCCCUCCAUGAACCUGUCAAACCAUUAUCCUGGUCAAGUCGUUGAAAUGAUCUUGAAAUUUACUGUUUCGAAUUCGAUCCCUCUACAUGGACAACUGGAUAUUCAGCUGCAAGAUAUAAACAUAAAUGCAAAUGCCUUGCAGCUUCGAGAAGCAUUCUUUCAAGACGUGUUUGGGACAAGGCGUUUUUUCAUUGGAAAUCUUACACAGCUUGGACAGAAUAUUUCAAUUACAAUUACAAGUUUCCCUCAAAAUGAGAUCGGAACGAACCUUCCUCAAGGAAUUCAAUCAUUCAGUGGAGCAGCCAAUUCUCAAGUGAUUCCUUCAUUCAGCAACGUCACGCUCCGUCUUGACGGCUUGGAAACGUUGCCAUACGUUUCUCGAGUCUUUUUUUCCAUCCAAACAAAGCAGUACUUUGGUGAUUACAUUGACAUAGUACAUAAUGUAGCAGGCUCUCAAAUAGUGCCAGGAAUUGUUGAAGGAAACUUCCAGCUUCAGAUGCCAUAUGUUUCAAUUUUCACUCCUUUUGCUCUACACCUAUUUCCGUCGAUCGAUUUUGUUUGCGGCUACUCCAUUACAAUACAGUUUCCUCCCUCAAUCCAAAACGUAAUGUUUACUAACUACAGCAACAUUCUUGGAAUUAUGUGCAAUGUGACAGUAAAUCAGUCAAAUCCACAAACAUUUUACAUAAAUUCGUACAGACGAAUGGAAUCGACUUACUCAAGCAAUCAAACAAUUUUAUUCAAAAAUUUGUCUUUAAUCGGUUAUCUCAAAACGCCAAAUGUGUCUGGAACAUACAACAACAUCAACAUUUCAGUGCUGAGUAGCAAUGGAAUCCCGAUUGACUUAGGACAGGGCACAUUAAGUGUAAACUAUUCAAAAUUUACUUCUGUUAGAAUGUACGCAAGGUACGACUUUUAUCGUGGAGGAUUAUCUGCAGAUACCCUAGGAUCAAACUUCCUGACGAUUUCUAUUCGACCAUCGGUGCCCAUUCUUGGCAAAGUUUUGCUGAUCCUAGAGCUUCCGAUUUGGCUGGCAGCAUCCAAUCCAAAGCUACUUCAAUGCAACUUUGGUCGAUGCAUCCACUCUCUGACUCCACUGAACAGUACGACGAAUUCAUUGCCUUUCAACGCAUCUCAGAGCUUCUUCCAACUCGUGGAAUUGACUUAUGAUCCUAGAGUCAACAUCAGCAUAGGCUUCACCUUGAAGUCGUUCUUCAUACCUUCCCGCUAUGUUCUCCCUGAGCAGUUCUUUGAGAUUGCCUUUGGAAUAGCGGACCAAGAGUACAACCUGAUACAAGUUGGCACAGCAAGGCUGAACUUGUCCCAAUCAAGACUACAGAGGGUUCCGGUGCUGACGGCAGUUGAUUACUUGCCACCCCAGCUUUGGAAUAAGUCGACCUGCACGCUUCCGAAUGCUGCUUUCUGGCUAAACAAUUUCACUGUGAAUGAAUCUUCCUUCUUUCAAGUAUUCUCGUUCAUGACAAAUCAAGAAAUUCCAAUUUACGGAUUUGCUCGAAUUGUGAUCCCUUUGAAUCAAUUACGCUUGCUGAAUCUAUCAACCAUUUCGUUCAAUUCAACAUCAAUGGUAAAUUACAGAUCAUGCUCGUAUCCGCUUCGAACUAGAUGUGAGGAAAAUUUUGGAGAAGCGAAUUACUCGUUCACAAAUUACUCGCUCAACAAAGGACUUGAAAUUUCCAUCCAAUUUUUUUCUGAGAUUCCAAACGAUUCAAUUGUGGAUAUCUUCAAUCUGAGCCAGCCAUUUCCCUUCGUCAAUCCAAUAUACUCUCAACUUUUCUCAGGAAAUUUCUCUGUCUACACUGUCGACAACGUUUUUAAUCUCAUUGAUACCAGUGAGAACUUUGUACCACAAUAUUGCCAAUUCUCAAAUCGUUACACACUCACCUUCACAGAAAUUUUAAAUGUUUACCUUUGGGAUGAACGAGCAAGCUCUCAGCAGUAUGAUCAGCUCUAUGUUCGCAAUGGGUACCUAGGCGGAAAAGGAGGCUUCUAUUUCAACCUAUCUUUUCAAACUGGAAUUCGAACCAAUGAAAAAAUUGUGAUUUCCUUCCCAAGAGACUUCAAGAUCAAUCAGUCAAAUCUCGCUUUCUUUGACAACUGCCUAUUGACUUUACAAGGCAAUUGUAAGACUCCUGAUUUCAAGAAGAAGGUGCCACCACCGAAUUGCACCAACACCUCCUACACUUGCUCCAACUGGAUAGAUGUAUUCCCUUCUAUUUGCAAGCAAAACUGUACGCAAUACCAAUCCAUCGGGAAUCGUUCAUGCACUAACUUCACGUUGCAAAAUGGAACAGUUGCAACCUUGUGUACCUCGAUCGUCACGAAUUACAGUUCAUGUGCGAUCCCGUACUUUUUUGUGAACGGAUCUGUUUCAAAACUGUGUCACAACAUCUCAUUUUGUAAGAGUACUUCCUUUUGCUCCCAAGAGAUAGUCACUACCAACGUGUCGAUAUGUACGAAUUGGACGUACUCCAAUUCCUCCAACGCUUCACAGGUGUGUAACAGCUGGUCGCAAGUGAAUCGUUCGACAACUGUACAGCGUUGCACGUUGACGUUGAACACAUCUUGCACUUGGUCUUCGAGGUGCUUCGACAACACAAGCAAUACGACAUGCCAGAACAAGUCUUUAUGCACCCAAUGGGAUGAGACUAACAUUACUUACCCUUGCCCUGAGAAUUCUUCUCAGUGCCUUUAUGGACCGCUUGAAUCAUUUAAUUACACCUGGGGACUUGUCGAGAUUCCACCCAGGAGCACAAACCCACCUGAUCGGUACAAUUAUUCUCUGAGACAAGCCAUUGUAAUCACUUAUUAUGGUAACUUGACGCUCAAAGGUUUCUCGUUCAGUCUUGAUGUUUCAAACCCGCUCUACGGAUUAGGAUAUCCUCCAGAUAUACAUGAUCGAUACUCAUACUUGGUGGUGUUGAAAGGUUUUGAUAUUGCUGGAAUGUAUAGCUUUGGCGUUCAGGAGAGAAUAGAGUUUCAAAUUCUUGUUCUUCCUCAGUUGCUUAACGUUACAAGCUUGUCGCAGAAUACAACAGCAGGGGCUCUUGCUGAGGUUAGGUUUUCUUUGAAUGCCUUGGAAUUCCUCUGGCCGAAUUCACCACAAUUAACCAUGCUAUUUCCAGCUGGAAGUUAUAGUACUAGGUACAGACUAAACACCAAUCCUGGAGCCGUGAUGUACUUAGAGACGUUUGCAAGCUUUAGCCAAGCGAUCAAUUUAUCCGUCCAAGUUUUCAAUCCUUUUCCUCAUCCCACAAUUAUCCAAAGUGGAGUAUACACUAACCCGUCAUUAACGAAUUCCACUAGUCCUCAGCUGUGCGUCAAUUUGAAUUAUUCGUGCUCGGACUGUUUGGCGCCAGCAAAGUCGUAUUCGUAUCAACAGCAAUAUCUGCUGAUGGACCUGUCGCAUGUUGUCAGCAAUGCACAAAUUAAUACGACCCUGAAUGCACUGACGGUCACAGUACAUGAUAUUGGAAAUCCACUGGAAGCAAAUAUUCUCCCUGGAUAUUUCGAUUUUACUAUAUCGGGGGAGUUCUUUAAUCAGAGGCAAAUCAUAGCUAGAGCCUUUGGUAUUCCUGCAGAGCGAACGACUGUGGGAAUUCUGACAGUGGAUCAAGUUGAUUUGAUAGAGAAUGUUGUGAAUAGAGAAACCAGGGUGAAUGUAACAAUUUCUUUGUAUGGUGUUCUGGCGAACGAAAGCUACCUUGAAUUCAGAUUAAGUCCACAAUUUCCGUUGUACUUGCGCAAUGGUACCUUCGUUACCUUUCUGUUCUUACAGUACGAGAUACAGAUUGUAAAUUACAAUCAAGACAUACUGCAAAUUUUCCUGUCUGAUUCUCAGUUGACGGAGAUGUACAAAGCCAUGGAGUACAACGACGCCAUUCAAUCAAAGAUCAGCGUAUCCUUCUGUUGUUUGCAAAACCCUCCCCAUUAUGGAUUUUACAAUGUUAUUCAAGAAAUUAGAGCAAUUUCAAACACAUCGUAUCUUGCAGAAUUCCAAGGCAACUCUUCCGUGAAAAAUAGAUUAUUAGAAGACUAUCGUACGAUGAAUAUUCAAUUGUUGAUCAAUUUGGAAAACAAAUCCUCGUUUGGCAAAGGUGGAAUCUCCGUGACCAUCAAAUUCAAUCAAACAAUCUAUGCAGAUAGUAUUGUCAGUGUUUCUUUUCCUGUGUCUCCAUUCAGUCCCUAUCAGCAAUACUCCAAUGUAUUUUACGACGUCCAAACUUUGAGACAAUUCUCCGUUUUUGCUCAUCUCAAUCAGUCGGUGGAGUCAACAUGCCAGAAAUACUUAGUUUCCAACUGCCUCGAUCCGGUUGCUGCAAACAUUAGCAUCGUGGAAAGCAAUGAUCCAGGCACUCUGUCUUUUCGUUUUGGAUCGGAUGUCCAUCCUUGCCAAGGAAAUUGCUCUAAUUCUAGUAGUGGCUUGAUCGCAAUGUCAAUUGAUGGCAAACUUCAGAAUCCUCGACGUCCUGAGUCAAAUUUCCGCUUGAAUGCUUCAUUAUAUUUGAAGAAUCCAUUCAAAGUACAGUUUCUCUCUCCUUUCAAGAAUCUUAUGGAAAUUCAUUUCCUCACUGGACCACUAACCAUAGAAGCCUUUAAAGCACCUUUCACAUCCCUUUACUCAAGCAGUCGAUUGGCAGGAUCGAUCACAUGGCUUGAGAUUGAAUACAGAACAAUAUCUGGCAUGCAAGCUAACACCAAAGACUAUAUAGAAGUAACACUUCCGAAAGGGUACAAGGCAUUGAUGAGCACUACCGUUUUCAACUCGAAUGCCGUUCAAAAAUUUUAUCCUGGCUCAAUAUCUUGUUUGAAGACUCCGAUAUACGCUGAAUGUAUCAGUUUUGAUAAUCGGAGCUUCGGAUCGUUGAACAUUAGUACCCAAGUCCUAGGUCACACUCGGGGAAUUUAUGGAACUUUGCAAUUGACGAAAGCAUCCAACAAUUCCCUUAUAUUCGAGCGUUGCUCCAACAACUUUGAUGUUCCCUUUAACACAACGAUUCUGUUUCGAUUUGGUCCAGUCGUGAAUCCUUUGCCUGCAAGUAUCAGCUAUUCUGGGAAGACUGUUCCUGGAGGAAAUUUUGCUAUUCAACUCAAGGAUCAAAAUGAUUUCCUGAUCGAAUACGCACAAAUAGCCGCUCCCCCGAUAUAUCCUGAUAUACUCCCUAACGUUAAUCUGUCUGGAAAGGUUUUCAGACUCAACGGAUCUCGAUCGAGUUCGAUAGCAAGCUUUGAGGUUUCUUUCUUGAGCACAUUUGACCUGUUCGUCGAUUAUGAAAUCCACGUGAUGCUACCACAAGGAUAUUUUGUGGAUGUCUUAUCGUUCAACUACACUUUAUAUCAAAUGUCUGAUGUGAUACAACAAGGAUACUUUCUCCGUAUUUCUCCGCAUCAAGCUUAA